AAGGCUUGCCUGAGACUAGUAGCUGAAAGGGAAGACAAGGAAACCAUCAGCAUUCGCUAUUAUGAGAUUAAGAAUCUUUAAUACAUUAAGGAAAAUCUUGGACAUGAAGACUGUAUUGCUCAUGUGCUGUCUUGUAGCCUCUGUAAUAAGCAAGACUCCUGUUUCUCUCAAGAUGGGCUGUCAACAGUCUACUACUUCUGCUGUUGAUUGUUCCUUUCAGUUCACUAAUGUGGCAGAUGAAGACUAUUAUCUCCUCAAGCGUGACACUCCUCUUGAAGGACUCCACUCUUCUUUUGUCUCUGUAUCUCGUGAUGGUGUCCCCCUUCAAUAUGAAGGAUGUCAUUUCUAUCGUGCUCCUCCUCAAAAAGAUGAAUUUAUUCUUCUAAAGGCAGGAGAGAGUGUAACAGCAAGUGCUCAAAUUAACAAUAUCUUUACUUUUUCUUCUGAUGGAAUGUACAACAUACGAUACAAUAAACCACUGGAGGUCUUGCUAAAAGAUAAGAUGGAACUGCAGUCUGACUCUGAGGACAUACAUGUAGAAGAGGUAGAUCUAAUGAAAGUAGAAGUUAGCGAGUCUGUUGACAUUCAAUUGGAGAACACUGACCUUCUCUCACGUCCAGUCAAAGAAGAGGUCAAAGAAAGUGAUGAGGUUUACAUGGAAUCAUGUGAUAAUGUAGCCAAAUUUGUUGGUGGUUCAGCUGCAGUCCGUGCUGAAACUGUUUUAGCUCACAACAAGUUAUGCAAAGGCCUUAUCCAUGCAAGAAGUGAGGUUGGUAACAAUCAAAGAUACAGAACAUGGUUUGGAGCUUAUACUCGUAGACGUAUGAACACAGUCAGAAAUAAAUUUUGGCAGGCUUUUGAAAGGAUUAUGGAUAACUGUGUCACCUAUGAUUUUAAUGGAAGAGCCUGUGAUAGAUUAAAUAACAAUAAUCGGGCAGUAUAUGCAUACUCAUGUUAUCACAAUAAUGCCAUGUUUAUGUGCAAGGGUUUUGCUGGACUUCCCACCUUUUGCAACAGACGCAAUGCUCGCACUAAUAAAGAAGGAUUAUUUGCUGGUUUUUGGACUAGAAUUGCUGGUAAUACGAAAUUGGAUAGAGAUCGACUAAAAGUAUCUGAAUGCAGAAGGCUAGCAAGAAAUAAUCCAAAUAGAGCUGUCAAUAAUGUUGGAAACUACGGAUUCUACUAUUGUGCUGUUGCCGCUUAGGAUUGUUCAGCCAUGCAAGGAUUUUAUAUUUAUUAUAGUAUAUUGUUAGAACUUUGAGUACAUUAUAGGUUGUCUUUUAUACAGAUAGAUCUAUUAUUUCUCAAUAAAAUGUUUUCAUAGAAAUAGUA